AUGGAAUGUCUGUACCAUAUCAUAGCGGUUCUGGCGAUCGAUUCUGGAUUUCCUAUGCACAGCAAUUGCAAGAUUCCACAUACAUCAAAAAAAUCAAUCUAUGGCUCUCUCUCUAUCUCUCUCGUACGCGCAUACACGUUCAUCAAUCAUUUCAAACAAGCGCUAUAUACAACACAAACACAAACGUCAAAAACAAACAUGCCUGGAAACAAACGUCAAUGGCAUCAAGACCGGUCUGGAGGAUAUGUAUCGCUUUGUCGUUCAGGGUCACAGGGCACCAUGCGUCCACCGAUUAAGAGAUUGGCAUUCAAUAUCAUCAAAAUCAAAAGAGCCUGA